AUGUUCCGCUCGAAUCUCAGUUUGGGUUUAGCCCCAUGCGUCGUGGGGCUGCGAGCGGUCCAGUUCCUGCUAUCGCUGAGUCAUCAAUGGCCCAAGCGCCUCGAACCAUCAAUCUGUCAGCCUCCCGCCCAUGCCGCUCACAUCAUCGAUAAUGUCGACAAAAUGCAUUGCCCGAUCAAACCGGUUUAUAUGUUCUUCUCAUCGAAAUUUCACUCGACUAGCAGCCGGGAGAUCAUUGUCAACUACCAUACCACCGAAAAAGCCUCAGAGAUUACCAUGCGAAAUGGGCUAAAGGACCGUUAUGUUGAGUUCAACGCCGAAGCUUUGCAACGUGCAGCCGAAGCCUCCGUUAGCAACAAGCAUGGCAAGGUUGUCAGCAUGAAUAAAAUCGCCGAAGGAGGCUUUAAUCGAGUCUUUGUCCUGGAGAUGCAGGAUGGUUUCGAGCUAAUCGCCAAGAUCUCGUACCACAUCGCCCGGCCAGAAUACUUCACCACCGCUAGCGAGGCCGCCACUCUUACAUUUCUUCGAGUGAAUGGCAUACCUGUGCCGGAAGUGUAUAGCUACUCCGCAUCGGCGGAGAAUCCUGUCCGUGCCGAGUAUAUUCUUAUGGAGAAAGCUCCCGGGGUUUGUCUCGCAUCCAAAUGGGCGAACCUUCAAGACAUUGAGAUCCGCAGACUUGUGCAUAGCUUCGUUGAACUGGAAAGAAAGUUAUUCGAGAUUCCUUUCAGCGCCACAGGAAGCUUGUACUUCAAGAAGGAUGUUCCAGCUGGUCUGCAGGCUCCCCUGUACACAGAAGGUCAUGUUACGGAAGCAAACGAAUUUUGCAUCGGGCCCAUUGCCGACUAUAUGUUCUGGUACGGUAGAAGAGCUGGGCUCAAGUUGAACCGUGGACCAUGGAAAAACCCCGUUGAAUAUCUUCAAUCGAUAGGAGCAAAAGAAAUAGAGUGGACGCAGCGUUACGGCAAGCCAAUGGAGCCCGACUUUCCCCACAACGCUUUGGGACUAGGAGUUCAACGUCCAGAGGACUACCUCAAGCUUUUAGAAUACUACCAGCUGUUAACACCCCACCUGCUACCAAAAGAUCCCGCACAUCCCUUUAACCAGCCUACCCUUCGUCAUCCUGAUCUCACCUUCAGCAACAUAUUCAUAACACCCGAGACGGGUCGGAUCUCAUGUCUCAUCGAUUGGCAGCACACCGUCAUCCAGCCACAGCUUCUCGCCGCUGGAUACCCUCGUGCAUUUGAGAAUCCAGACGACGAGCUUUCCCCUGAGUUAGUGGAACCUAAGCUUCCAGAGGACUUCGCAUCCCUGCAAGCGGAGGAGCAAGCGGCGGUGCGCGAACUCUAUCGCCGGCGUCUCCUUUUCUUCGGUUACCGUGUGCUCAACGGCCAUUUCAACCAGCACCAUAUCGCAGCCCUGCGUGACCCCCUUCUUCUCGGUUGUCAGAUGCUCGUAGAUCGAGCCGGCCGCCAGUGGGAAGGCAAUCUCAUUACCCUUAAAGGAGCUAUCAUACGUACGGGCCAGUUCUUCGAGCACUUGCCGGAUGUUGAGAAUAUUGAGUGUCCCGUACGAUUUGAUCAGACCGAACUAGACGAGUUUGCAGAGACUGAGGACAGUUGGCUGAAGAUGACAAUAGCGGUGGAGCAGUGGCGCAAGAGAGUCUGUAAUAUGACCGAGGAAGGGUGGGUUCGAAAUGAGGAUUAUGAGGAAGCGAAGAAGAAGCUUGAAGAUUUGAAGAACGAGAUUAGACGACAAUGUGAGGGGGAUGAGGAAGAUAUUCAAGCGUUCCGAACGGGCUGGCCGUUCCGAGACCGAGAAGAAGUUGAUUGA